UUCUUUUCUUUCUUUUCUUUUUUGCCCUUUCCCCAAUUUUUACAUUUAUUUUAUUUCAUAUUUAAAAACUUUCGCAAUUCUUCUCUCUUCCCUCACGAGCCCUCAUUACUGUGAGGGAUUUUCCUCCAUCCUUGCUCAUCAGGUUUUUUUUCUCAUGGCGUCCAAGCGGAUCUUGAAGGAACUCAAGGAUCUGCAGAGGGAUCCUCCUACGUCUUGCAGUGCUGGUCCUGUAGCUGAAGACAUGUUUCACUGGCAAGCAACCAUAAUGGGACCACCAGACAGUCCCUAUGCUGGUGGUGUCUUCCUUGUCACCAUUCACUUCCCUCCAGACUACCCAUUUAAGCCUCCCAAGGUAGCGUUCAGAACAAAGGUAUUCCACCCAAAUAUAAACAGCAAUGGAAGCAUUUGCCUGGACAUAUUGAAAGAGCAAUGGAGCCCUGCCCUAACCAUUUCUAAGGUGUUGCUUUCAAUCUGUUCUUUGUUAACGGAUCCUAAUCCUGACGAUCCAUUGGUGCCGGAGAUUGCUCACAUGUACAAGACAGACAGGAACAAGUAUGAAACUACCGCAAGGAGCUGGACCCAGAAGUACGCCAUGGGGUAAAUGGUAUCCCAAAUCUUUAGCUUGUAAGUUGAGAGUCCUAUUGUGAUUUUAAAUAUAUGUCUCUGGCAAUUUGUAUGCAAUUUUAAUUCUGUUUCAAUCCCCGCUGAAAAAGAAAUGCACCAAAUAGUCGGUGGUGCAACAAUAGCUUUGUGAAAGAAGGUAAAAGCAUGUUUUUCCCUUGUUUGUUCUCCAUGGAUAAUGCGAGCUCUGUCUAGGGUUUUUGUAUGGAAUGUAAUCGUGCUGAAUUCCUUGGACAUCUCUCUUACUUGGAGUUCCUCUGCAGCAAUGAUAAUUGGCUAUGUUUCCAAAA